AGAUGGCUGUUUGCCGAUAGUUCUUGCCAAUAUUUAUUUAUUUUUAAAGUAAUUUAUUCUUCAGCAUACCCAAAUCUAUAUAAAUGAAAAAACUAAUAUUGUGAAUAUUGCUGUGUGAAAAUGUAUCCUGUGUAUUUUAGAUAGAAUACCUGUUUUUACCAUGAAUUUUGACUGAUGAAAUUAAUAUUUACUAUUAUUAUAGCAUGACAAAUUAGGUAGCUACCUAUGAUGGAAGGUUUGAAUAGGACAAGCAAAGGAAUCUCAUAAAUGUUAUUAUAAAUCAUAAAUACAGAAAAGUUGCAAUGGAAGAAGCAACUGUGUCUCUGAAAAAAGAACGUCAUUUCCCAAUACUUGAUUUGACUGAUCAAUCAAUUCUCAACACAGUGACACAACCAGUGUUGGUAGUUCAGUCCCCAAAAACACCAACACUUUCAAAAAAGUUGAAAGCAGUGAGCCUAGACUCUGAUACUCCUGCUGAAAGCUCGAAUUUAGAUAUCUCCAGAGAUGUUUUUUCCAUGCCAAACACCCCAAAGAGGCAGAUCAAACCCAGGCUCUCAUGUGAUUUUGAUGAUGACCAUAACAAAUUCACACUAGCUCCUAGUUUCAAUACAAACCUGAAGAAAUUCGCCUCUAACACAAGCAUUUCAGGAUCACAAACUCUGAAAACUUUACCUGAAAUCAUGACUUUGCAAGACUUUUCUGAUGGUCCCAUUGUAGCUCCCUUGAAAUUGAAAGCAAAGGGUUUGCUGGAACGUAGGGGGUCUAAUGCCAGCUUGACAAUUGAUUUAGGCUCAAAUUCCAGUAUAGUGGAGCCUAAAACAACAUUCACCAGGCUCAACACAGCAAAGAGUGUUUCAAAUUUGACUCUCUCUGCUUUUGAUGUCCCAGAAAAGUCCUGUUACUGCAUCAAAAAGUGUGAGGCUCAAGCCAAGGCUACGGAGCGCAGAAAGUCCCAAGAAACCUGUGGGAACUGUACCAUAUAUGAGUCUGUCCCUAUAAAAAUGAGCAGCUGCAAGAAGAAAUGCCAGGUUUUGAACAGGUGCAGUUGCUGUGUGAAAUCUCGCAGGAAGUCGUUGUCCAAUGAGAAUUUGUAUGUGCCCCCUUGUGGGUUCUGCCAGACUGGAGCACCGAAGGACUGCUACAGCAAUUCAAAGCAGUGCAAAGGGUACAGGAAAGCGUGUUAUCCUAGACAACCUGACUUGGAGUCUUCUCAACUGCUCUCUGAUGACUUCAAGCUGCAUUUGCAGAAUAUCCAGUAUUUGCAGACAGCUGGGAAUGUUUUGUCUAUUGCCGAUUUGAAGCAGUCCUGUGAGGUUUCGAGAGUCCCUAAACUCCAUCAGGAAUUCUGGGAGGUCCCACUCAAUCUCCAAGAGAAAUGUUACGUGUCCGGCAGUCAGAGCCGGAAUAGGUACAGAGGAGUGUUGCCCAAUGAACACAGUCGAGUCCAUCUAGCUGGAUCCCAGCCUUACAUCCACGCCAACUAUAUAAAAGGCCCAGAUUAUACUGAAACGGCUUAUAUAGCUACCCAAGGACCAAUGAGUCACACUUGCCAAGAUUUUUGGGAAAUGGUGUGGAAUACAAACUCUAAAUGUAUAGUGAUGUUGACGAAUCUCGUAGAAAAAGGUAGAAGCAAGUGUGAACUGUAUUUCCCUCUCGGCAAAAUGGCAAAUUCAAGUGACAAGUCCUUUUUCUACGUGAAAACCACAAAGGUGCGAGACAAGUUCACCUUCGACCGAAGCAAUACCCAACAGUACGACGAAGAAACGCACGCUUUCGAGGCACUCGAUGACAUCUCGUUCGGCAACUACAAAAUAACUUUCAUCGACAAAGACUGGAUAGGUGAAUGCCAGCUGAGGCGAUUGGCACUGAGGAAAACCGACGAAGCCACAGAAAGCAGAACAAUCCACCAUUAUUGGUUCCUCAGCUGGCCCGAUCACAAGAUGGCCAGCCCCGAACAAGUCCUAGACAUAGCCUCGGACGUCCUGAACAAGAUGGAGGCGAACAAGAUGGAGGCUAGCAAAAAAUGUGACAAUAACGCCGAAUCUCUUUCUAUUAGUACAAAAAGGAAAACUGAUCUCAACAGACUGCGUACGAUCAAAAAGCCUCAGGAACGCAAAAAAUCUUGUGAAAACGUCAAACGACCUGUCAUUGUUCAUUGCAGCGCUGGUAUCGGACGUACAGGGUGUUUCUUGGGUAUCUUGAACGGUAUCCAGCAGUUGAAAUGUAGUAAAAACGUCGACGUUCUGGCCAUUUUGUGUUCGUUGAGGUUAAACAGGGGCGGAAUGGUGCAAACCGCGGAACAGUACGAACUUAUACACAGGGUGUUGAGCUUGUAUGCCGAAGGUUUGAAGUAGGUGUUUGUAACGGUAGUGGAGUGAAUCUGGAGUUUUUUUUUUUCGGGAAGUUUUGCUGGCAACUAGUUUUUCAGGCGAAAUACCAUAUUUGUUGCCCUUACAGCAUUUACAGGGUGUUCUGACAAGGUUUGUGAGAAAACCUAUUCAAACUAUUCAAUGCAAGAGAACUUGCCUCUGUGCAAAUGCUUUGAAAAAAAACACGUUGGGGAGGUUUAUCAAAAAUAAUUACUAUAGAC